CAGCAAAAGUACCGUCCCUUAGUCCCAGCUGGCCACUUCCGCGUGGAUGCUGGCGGACCUCCGAGAAAGGCUCAAGAAGGCCGGAUUGGCUGCCGCAGGAGCCAGUCAAAUAAGCUCUAUUUUGUGGGCAAAGCUCACCAAGAAGCGGGGAGAGCCCUUUUGACGCUGAAAGGGAGCCAUUUUCCCGGUUGGAGCAUCCAAUAGACGUAGCUUCCAGACCAACCAAUCAGCAGUGGUGUUGGGAAGGCAGGGCGGUGUGUGUAGGGGCGGUCCAGGAGGAAGCAGAGUCCAAUAAAAAGCCCGAGUGCUCGAGGGGCCGUGCUGCGGCCCAAUUGGCGUCUCUAUUGGACGAGCCAAUCAACAGCGGCGCUGGUCUGGCGCGGGGUCAGAGUCGCGGAGGCGGAGCAGGCGCUGCGGCAGGAGGGAAGAUGGCGGACGAGGAGAAGCUGCCGCCCGGCUGGGAGAAGCGUAUGAGUCGUAGCUCAGGCCGGGUAUACUACUUCAAUCACAUCACCAAUGCUAGCCAGUGGGAGCGGCCCAGCGGAGGCAGCACUGUUGGAGGCAGCAGCAAGAAUGGCCAGGGUGAGCCUGCCAGGGUGCGCUGCUCACAUCUACUGGUGAAGCACAGCCAAUCUCGGAGGCCCUCAUCCUGGCGGCAGGAAAAGAUCACCAGGAGCAAGGAGGAGGCCCUGGAGCUGAUCAAUGGCUAUAUCCAGAAGAUUAAGUCAGGAGAAGAAGACUUUGAAUCUCUGGCCUCACAGUUCAGUGACUGCAGCUCUGCCAAAGCCAGGGGAGACCUGGGUGCCUUCAGCAGAGGUCAGAUGCAGAAACCGUUUGAGGAUGCAUCGUUUGCUCUACGGACAGGGGAGAUGAGUGGUCCAGUGUUCACGGAUUCAGGCAUUCAUAUCAUCCUACGCACAGAAUGAGGGCAGGCACCUGGCAAGCCUGCACGGGCUGCCACACAGCCCAUGGACGCCCUUCCUGCUACUGUCACACAGUAUUUAUUGUUCCUAAAAUGACUGGGAGUGGGGCUCUGAGAUGGGGACUCUGAGCAUCCCGCUCCCUGUUUGCCCCCAUUUGGGGCUGUCCUAGCCAGGCUCCUUCUGGAGGAAUUGACUUCAGAAGGGCAGUGGGGGUGGGGAGGCCCCCAGGCUCAGGGGAUCAGAGGUGACCUGAUCCUCCAGGUCUCAGAGGCAGGCAGGAGGGCCUUUUUUCUUGUUAGUUAUAUGCACCAUUCCUCUGUUCAGCUGCAAAAAGCAGACGCUCCAUACCUGGCGAUGCAGCAGCUCAGCCUCGGUGCGAUGCAGCACCCUAUGCACCUUCCAUUAAAUCUGGAACCACUG